UCCCUUAAACCUCGACAAAUUAUAUGCCACGCCUCGUCUCUUCCUCUCUUUUCCUAUGGAAGAAGAAGAUUGAAGAGAACAAGAUCCAAAUCCAAACCCUAACCUUCAACCGAGAUCCUUUUUUUUUUUUUUUUUUUGGUUCCGAGAAGCCAUGGAGUUGUAGUUUUAGAUCCGAUCCCGUUAAUGCCGAGAAAUAUGAAAAGAAUGGAGUUUUUGGAUCCGGAUCCGGCGGAGGACGGAGGAGUCGACCUCAGCCUCGGGCUCUCCAUCGGCGGGAGCUCCCAGAGGGCCACGAAUCCGGGUCCAACCCGUCACGGAACCGCUACCCGGUUAGGAUCCGGCGAGGGUCUUCCCUUCGACGGCGGAGACCCGCUCCGGCGGCGGGAGGCGAGGAAAAAUGGGAUCUUUGAUGUUGGGAAUGGCGUUCCGGCGGAGGAUCGGGCGGCGCUGGAGGUCCAGGCUCUGGAAUUGAGGGCCCGAGACCGGGCGACGAGGGAGAGAGAGGCGUUCGCGGCCGACCGGUGGAGUACCAGCCGGACGGGGUGGGAGAGCGACGGCCGAAUCGCUGGCAUUGCUCGAAACCCUAGCCCUAACUCUGAUAAACCAAAUCCGGUGGCGUACGGUUCGCAUCCGUUCCCGGCGAUGGCAAUGCAGCAUCCUUACCACCAGGUGCAGUACCUGCCGGUCCCGAAGGUGCUCGGAUUUCCCCUUGUGAUUCCUUGCUGGGCUCCGGCGGUUUUGCCGGUGGCCGCCGAUGGGUCGACCCAUGCUGGGAUGAAUGUGCUCCAGCAGGUGGCUCGCCGGAGCUCGCCGGUUGCUGUGCCGGCUGUGAGUGCUAAUGGUGGCAUCAAUGGGGCUCGCUAUUUGGAUAUGAAAGGUGGGAAUGACAUUGGGGUUAAUGGAGCCCCUUCGUCGAUUAAUUCUUCUGGUAGCUGCUCGUCGGGGGUUUCGGAUCAGAAGAUUGGUUCGCUUCGAGGAUCGAAUAUCAGCAAUGAUGCAAGGAGCCAUUCAACGACCCACACCAUGGCGGAGAAGUCUGUCUCGCAACUGUCAUCACAAGUCAGCAACUCUCAAGGGCAUCAGUCUCACCAUGUAGCACCUCUAUCCCAGGGCAGUGAAGAAGGUACUGAGAAGAUCAUCACCAGCAAUGCAGGGUCUAGCUUGGUGUUGAACUCAGCCACUUCAGCCAUGGGGAAACUCGAUGGUGCAACUUCUGUGAACAAACCAAUCCCGAGCGCAGAGGAUCAGAACCCAAAUGACUCAUCCUCUCUGCCUCGAAUGCCCUAUGUCUCAACUACAGGGAAUGGACCCAAUGGAAGAACCAUCACUGGAUUCCUCCACAGAUACACAAAGUCGGAGGUGAGCAUCAUUUGCGUUUGCCAUGGAAGCUCCUUCUCACCGGAGGAGUUCGUGAGGCACGCUGGGGGUAUUAACAUUUCACACCCCUUGAGGCAGAUAGUUGUCGUUCCUUGAAGGGAUGAGGAGAGCUCUAUGCUCUUCUUUUAGUCUGUGUAGGUUGGUGUUAGGCUUCUGUCAUCCUUUGUUGUUUGGCCUCCCUUGAGUUUAGGUAGAUAGCAGCACAGAGAUAGAAGGUAGUGUUGGUGGGGAAAUUUUAGUAGUUGGCUGUUCAGCUUAGGUUUGAAAGAUACCUUGUAAAUCUUUUAAACUCUUCCUAACAAAGGGCUGAAUGAGGUUUUAUUUCUGUUCUGUUCC